CUUGGCACAUGGGUUGCGAUCCUGAUGGCGCGAAACAUUUGUCUUCCAAACGUGAUUACGAUGAAGCAAGUUUUGUAGGACAAUGCGGAAGAUUUUCCUUUGCACAAGUCAUAAGAUUGCGAAGGAACUCUUUCAUAAAUUCGCUGAAUACGGAAUAUUUACGCGAUUUAAUUAACGAAACGCUUAGACAAGUAUAACAAAAUUCGUGAGCGUGUCAAGAUGUACGGAAUGCUGCUGGAAAGUGUGCAAUAUUUCGUGCAGUUAGAAUUUGGCGAAGAAGUAUGGCAUCACAUUCUGGAAAAAGCUGAUUGUAAGCACAUGGUUUUUAAUACAAGACAGACAUAUUCGGAUGAAUUAAUGACCAAUUUAGCCGCUGCUCUUGCCACAUAUACCGGUGAUUCUGUGGAUAACAUUAUGCAAUUUUUUGGAAAGUGCUUUGUUAGAUUUUUCAGUAAUUUAGGAUACGAUUGCACUGUAAAAGCCACUGGUCGUUACUUUUGCGAUUUUUUACAAAGCGUUGACAAUAUUCAUAUGCAAAUGAGAUUUACAUAUCCGAAAAUGAAGAGUCCUUCUAUGUAUACAACACAUGUCGAUCCGCAAGGAGUUGUUCUGGUUUAUAGAAGUACUCGACAAGGCUUUACGCAUUACCUUAUGGGACAAUUAUUUCAGAUAGCAAAAGACUUAUACAAUACAGAAUUAAAUAUUAGAGUUUUAGAAACUUCAAAUAACAUUCCAGGCUCUCGAAGCGUAAUGGUUAAGUUCCGUAUUGAUUUUGAUAACCAUCAAUAUAUCAUAAAAAAUAACAAAAUAAAAACUACAUUAAACCGUGAAUUGUCGCCUGUUUCGUGCACGUUUUUAUUACGCCUUUUUCCAUUCGGCGUCGUAAUGAACAAGGAUAUGAGAAUUCUAGGAACAGGUGAUAAACUGUUCCAAGCCUGGGGUGGUACUACUUCCUUUUUAAAUAAGCAUGUUACAGAAAUAUUUAAAUUAAGAAGACCCAAGGGAAUUUCGUUUACAUGGGGAAACAUAAUGUACUUACAUUCAGUGAUAUUCGAAUUAGAACUCAUUAGAGCGAAUGAUCGUCACUCCUCGAUAAAUUCAGAUACUACAUCGAGCACAAAUAGUGGUUUAGAUAGGCGUGGAAGUCAAGGUGCAAGAAGCAUCUUGUUGAAGGGCCAAAUGAGAUACAUCGAUGAUAUUAAAGCGAUUAUAUUUCUCUGUAGUCCUUUAAUCAACAAUUUAGACGAACUUGUUAAUAUGAGUCUAUAUUUGAACGAUCUGAAUCCUCACGGUAUGAGCAAAGAACUGGUAUUAGCAGGAUGGCAACAUUGCGGAAGAUUGGAAAUGAUGUUUGAGAGAGCAGAACAAAGAUCAACCGAAUUAGAGAAUAGCUAUGCGUUACUGGAUCGAUGGAAGAAUAAGAGCGAUGAGCUUUUAUAUUCUAUGAUUCCGCAAACGGUGGCGGACCGAUUGCGAGCAGGAGCCAGUCCGUUGAGCACUUGUGAAUCAUUUGAGUCAAUAACAAUUCUUUUCUGCGAAUUAUGUGACUUUGAUUAUUCAACCAUCGAAGGAGCAAUGGACAUCGUCUUAUCUAUGAAUGCGGUUUUUUCCUGCUUCGAUACGCUAAUGGAUCAAUUUAACGUUUACAAAGUGGAGACCGUUGGUCGUGUGUACAUGGCAGCUAGCGGGGCGCCGGAUAGAAACGAAAACCAUGCGCAAAAUAUCGCUGACGUUUCUCUACAACUUAUCGAGAAUGUUCGAUCUCUCGAAUUACCCUCCGGAUUAAACAUACGAAUCCGCAUAGGAAUUCAUUCCGGGCCAGCGGUGGCUGGUGUGGUCGGCAUCAAGUUACCGAGAUACUGUUUCUUUGGGGAUACUGUUAAUACAGCUUCCAGAAUGCAGACCACCAGUAUGCCAGGAAAGGUGCACAUUUCCUCUAGUACCAAAGCUUUGUUACCUAAAGAUCGUUAUCGCACAGAAUCACGUGGCGUUGUAUGGGUAAAGGUUUGUAUUAUAAAAGAUAAUAGACGAAAUUUCCCUGCCUCAAACGCUCAAGUGCACUACAAUAUCACGAAUGCAGAGAUUGUUAAUCGUCCGGCAAUAGAUGAAGUAUCUUAUAUAGAUUUCGAUCCUGUUCCCACUGCAUCUUCUUCCAAAAAGCCGAAUGUCUGUAAAGAUUGCACCUGUGGGCUUGGAAGAAAGAGACGGAUUGUCGGCGGCAACGUGACGACUAUUUACGACUAUCCCUGGCUUGUUAGUAUGAGUAAGAGAGGAACCUUUUACUGUGCCGGAAGUGUAAUAUCACGUAAACAUAUUUUGACUGCAGCGCAUUGCUUGCAUGGGUUUGAUAUUAAAGCUAUCAAACUUGUCUUAGUAGAUAGCGAACGUCCUUCGAUAAGCAGCAACGCUAUAGUUCGACGUAUUAAAUCGGCAAUCAUUCACGAAAACUAUCGUGUUUCUGCUUCUUUUAAUAAUGAUAUUGCUAUCAUAGAAAUGGAUCAGCCUGUAUCUGUAAAUGAUGUUGUGCGAACAGCAUGUUUACCUGAAGACAGAACGAUUGAUUAUACGGGAGCAAUUGCAACUGUAGUUGGAUGGGGUCGAACGGGAGAAAACAAACCCGUAAGUGUCGAACUGCGAAAAGUCAAUUUACCGAUCUUAUCAAAAGAGGAAUGUGAUCAAGCUGGAUAUGCGAAAAAUCGCAUCACUGAAAAUAUGUUCUGUUCUGGCUACCUCGAUGGAGAACGCGACGCUUGUUUUGGAGAUAGUGGAGGACCAUUACAUGUCAAAGGAGUUUAUGGACAGCUUGAAGUAAUAGGCAUCGUUUCAUGGGGCCGCGGAUGUGCAAGACCAAAUUUUCCUGGAAUAUACACAAAAUUAACAAAUUACAUUGAAUGGCUUAAAGAUCAUUUAGAUGAUGAAUGCAUUUGUCCACCACUAAGCAAUGUAUCGAAUUUAAUCGACGAGUUUGAAGAGGAAUUAAUACAAAUAUCUGGGAAAUGUAUGGACGUCGGUUGUGGUCCCGGUGAUAUAACGAAAGACAUCCUCUUGCCGGCUUUAAAUCCAAAUGCGGUAAUAUUAGGUACCGAUAUUUCGGAGGAUAUGAUCGAGUUCGCAAAGAAAACACACGGAAGUAACAAAAGACUCAAAUUUGAAGUAUUAGAUAUCCAAACUAAAAAUUUGCCUAAAAAAUAUAUUUCUGGAUUUGAUUAUAUAUUCUCGUUUUAUACUUUACAUUGGUGUUAUGAUAUUCGAAUGACAUUUGUGAGCGACAAAUGGAAAAUGCUUCUGCACGUGUUUUGCCACAAGCUUUCGAUCCUGAUCUUGAUCAUGACUUUCUACGGACUACCAAUCAAAGGUCAAGAACUUCGUCGAAAUAGUGUAAUAGCAUCAGUAAUCUCUGAAAAUUCUUCGAAUAAUUUGCAAAUUCGGAAAGGAAAAUUUUUAUUUGACGAAAUAUUUGGUAUCGAUAUUGCCUCUGAUAUUGAAACCGAUGAAGAAAAAUUAAGAAACUGUACAUGCGAAUGUGGCUUAUUAAAUCAAGAAAAUCGUAUUGUGGGUGGGCGUCCUACCCUACCGUAUAGAUAUCCCUGGAUUGCAAGGCUGGUAUAUGACGGUCGUUUCCACUGCGGUGCUAGUCUACUUAACAAUGAUUAUGUAAUUACCGCUGCCCAUUGCGUAAGGAGGUUAAAGCGAUCGAAAAUUCGCGUGAUACUCGGCGAUUAUGAUCAAUACGUGAACACUGAUGGAGUUCCUAUUAUGAGAGCAGUGAGUGUUGUGAUACGUCAUAAGAAUUUCGAUAUGAAUUCCUAUAAUCAUGAUGUGGCCUUAUUAAAAUUACGCAAAUCCGUGAAAUUUUCAAAGAAAGUUCGACCGAUUUGUUUACCUCAACCAGGAUACGAUCCUGCUGGAAAAGAAGGAACAGUAGUGGGAUGGGGUAGAACAUCAGAAGGAGGAAUAUUGCCUGGAAAAGUGCAGGAGGUACAAGUACCUAUAUAUAGUUUAACGCAAUGCCGAAAAAUGAAAUAUCGAGCAAAUCGAAUUACCGAAAAUAUGAUUUGCGCGGGCCGAGGUAACCAGGACUCUUGUCAAGGUGAUAGUGGCGGUCCUCUCCUUGUUCAGGAAGGAGAUAAGUUUGAAAUUGCAGGUAUAGUGUCUUGGGGUGUAGGCUGUGGUAGACCUGGGUAUCCCGGAGUUUAUACUCGAGUGACACGAUACCUCAAUUGGAUCCAUGCAAAUAUGAAGGAAGGCUGUCUAUGCACCAAUUGAAAAUCUGCUUUUACUCUUACACCUUGUAUAUAAAAUUUCAAAGCACAUAUUAUAUGCGCGAUUGUAGUCGAUUUGCUGCAAUGAGCACAUUUGACAUGUUGAAUCACCAACAAUUACUUAGAAAUUUUGAAUUCAAAAACUACUCUGUGCAGUAUUUAAUAUAAAGUUCCUUGCAUUGAGGCCAUCAUUAUUGUUAUUAAUUAGCGCUUGUUUAUACAUGAAGGAAUGAACAAUAUGAGAAAUAUGUUGUAUUAUUAUACGGAAUAUUUCCUAUAAUCUUUGUACGAUUUACAGCGCAACUACGCUUAGCUCGCUCCGCACGUUUCUAUCGUGCAUUUCCAAUCGUAUGAAUAGCGGUCGAACGUUUCCGGAAUAAUCAGCAACCGAUAACGGUUCACUGUCAAACCGGGCUAAAGUUGACGCAUGCAAACGUAAAAGUAUCUUCGCACACAUGCAAUUCUGUACAUAAUAGCAUAAUUUAUGUUGGCCAUAUUUUUUGACUGUUAUGUAAUAUAUAUAAUAUAUGUGUAUUAUAAUAUAAAAUACGAUAAUAAUAUAAAAACCUGGAAUAUAUUUAGUUUAAAAAUCUGUUAUAAUCUGUUAAAUAAUCCAAUAUAAAUUUCGAAUAAUAAUGUACAAAACAUUGCGUGAUAUUUAUAAAUGAAUAGCAAGAUAAUCAAUAUUAUAUAUAUACAUACGGAUAAAAUCUUAUAAAAUAUAACUCAUCAAUAUUAUACUUUACAUGUGUGACACGUUAAAAAUUAUCAUUUAUGACGACUCAGUUUAUUCAAUAAAUCAAAUUUU